CAGGUUUCUCAAAUCGGCCCGGUGUUGAAUAUGAAAAUAUAUAAUGGCAUAAUGUGUUCAGUAUGCAUGCUUGAAGGAAACCAUAUGAAACAGGAAGACAAAGAGCCCUCUGUGUUCCAAGUGCUGGCGGUCCACACCCCCUUUCCCCUGUUUCUGUCUAGGAGAGAGAGAGAGAGAGAAUGAGAGAGAGAGAAGCAGAUUGAGAGAAAGAGAAAGAGAAGGAGGAAGAGUCAGAGAGAGAGAGAGAGAGAGAGAGGCAGGGAGAGUGAGAGUUUUCUUUGGGAAAGAUAGAUAGGGGGAGGUGUGGUGUGCUGUGCUGUGCUGUGCCGUGCUCUGCUGUGUGUGAGCGUGAGUGUGUGUGCGCACGCACGGAGGACCUGAAAAGGGGCAGAGGAUACCGGUCGCGUCGCACACUACUGCCGCACGGGAGUCCAGGUGACUGUGGCCCAGAGAGAGACAAAAGGAGGCCAUGCCAAACGCCCCCAGACACACCCUACCUACCCAUCCUCCUCUCUGCCAGGGGUGAGACCCGCACCUCUGCCACCUCACACAGUGAACGCAUUCAGAUAAACCGCUCCAGACAUCAUACUCAGACGAGACCUUUGGAGAGUGAACUCAACUGGACCUAAGCUGAAGUGUCCAAAUAAACCAACUGUCAGCUUCUGUGCCUGUCUGAAAAGCACGUCGAACCCGGGGCAAAGCCACCCAGGGCUUCGUUUCAGCGAGGGGGCGCAGACACAAAGGGAUUAUAACAAAGGCCAUAUGCUGGGAAAAUAAAUACACGCUAAAGAAACUGCUCAAGAAUAACAUUCAGUGCUCACUGCGUUCUGACUCUGCAUGACUGGAAUUAGCUUGGCCUUUUUUUUCUGUCCAGGGCACUAAUGAACUAAGGGGAAGAUUGAGCACACAGCAUACGUCUAAGGCAUUGUUGUGUCAUGAUGACAUUUUAAAAACAAGAGCUUCUUGUGUCUCCCCGAAAAGACAAAUAAUCUGCCUGUCUGAGAUUACGACGCUCGCUGUGUCAGGAUAGGUUAUGUUUUUGGUGUCGGGGAUAUGAGAUGAGGAGGAAGAAUGUCUGGAUUGGAGUUUGAAGACAGACUUAAGUAGAAAAAAAACAAAAAAAACAAAAACAAAACAAGAAAAAAAAAACUGGAUGGUGAUUCAGCGCUUACGGGAUUUGCAGCGGAGCACAUUGCAGUUGUGAAAUUUUCUUGGCAAACCUCCAUGGGAACGCUUCCAGUGAUCUUAGGGGGAACGUCUCUUGGGAGGUCAUAUUAGCUUUUAGACAGCAUUGUGUGGACGAAAGUAAAAGUGCUCCCCGCUGGUCAGCGCGUCAGCAGCGUCUUUUCCACCCACUGGACGGGGGAACACUGCCGUGCCGGAGCAUGUUCUCGAGUAAGGUUCAACCUCAGAUGGAGGUCUGAUCCUGCCACUUCUGGGUCCUGUUUUUGUUACACAUUUCUCCUUCAGCGAGUGGAGCCAAGAACCCUCCUCCUCUCAGGCCAAACUGACCACCCUUCAGACAGAGAGACGGGAGGAACGGACACGGACGCUGUGGUGGAUACAGACAGUCUUCGAGCAGAGCCUUCAAGGUGCUUGCGAGAGAGGGCUCUGUGAUUGGAAGAAAAAGAAGAAAAAAAAAGCCCAAACCUGUGAUUACUGGUUAGCGAUUACACCCCUUGAUUCAUCCAGCCUCCAGCCACGGGACGUCACUGAAGAUGGAGACGAGAGGUCACGAGCCCGUCAGAAGAGGGGUCAGCUUGCCUGGAGGGGGUCCGGGCCCGGACCAGAGCCCCGGUUCUGGCCCAGGGAGCCUCAGCAGCAGGGGAGUCCGGCAGGGGACAGAGCUGGCAGGGCAGGCUGGGACAAGCCCUACCGCCGACAGCUGGAAGAAGGACAAGCACAGCUGGGUGAAAGGGAAGCCAGCCGUGACCUCCGCUGACAGUCAACUUGGACGAAAAACAAACCUCAGCAGAAGUGCAAGUCUCUCUGAGAAAGAGCUGAAAGAGGCCCGGUCGAGGAGCCAGAUCAUCGCUGCCCAGCUCUCUGUGCCGUCCAACUCGCGAGGUGUCCAACUCUUCAACCGCCGCAGGCAGAGAGUAAACGCUUUUACCCUGGUCAGUUUCGGCGAGGGAGGAGGAGGAGGAGGAGACGGAGAAGGAGAAGGAGAAGGAGAAGAAGAAGGAAGAGGAGAAGAGGAAGAGUCCAAGAGUGAACAUUUUGGCACUUCGCCUCGGAGCUCAGAGCUAACAUGGGAAAAUAAGCAGACCGCUGAGAACAAGGACAGAGAUUUAAACCAUAGAAACAGUGAGGCCAAGCUGCCUUGGUCAUCGUGUGCACUCCAGAGCAGAGGCAACAGCAUCAUGGAGGAUCAGGGGGAAGCCGUCCAUGACGUGGAGGAUGUUGACAACAGUGUGCAGGAGAGACAUUUUCUUCCCGUCAAGGAGAAGGAGGAGGAGGAAGAGGAGUCCGCGGACGUGCUGAGGGAGGAGGUGACUGUCAAGGAUGACAAUAACAGUGCAGCUCAGCCCAGCGCCGGCCAAAGAGAAGGCAAGGUUAAUGGAGCGUAUGCUGGAGCCUCUGUGGAGACUCCUGGCGAGAUAUCGAAUGGUUGUCAUGACUCCCCGAGCAAACCCCUCACAUCGGUGGCCAAGCAAUCAUCAUCCACCAUCGUCAACAGGACGGCUCGUCCGUUUUUUUCACCCAGCACUGUGCAGAUCUCCCCUGGAUCCAGUCCGGCGAUGGACAUCCCCCCGGCCCCUUCUUACUCCAUGCCCCCCCUCCCGGCUUUCCCUGAGCCUCCUACCCCCACGUAUGCGGUGGAUCCAGCUUUGCACGCUUUCUCAGAGCCGCCCCGGUCGGGACCCCUUAAGCCGGCCUUUUCCCCUCCACCUCCUGCCCCAUCGUACCCGACCCCUCCGCUGCCGUCUUACAGCAGCCCCAUUCCCCCAGCCACGAUGCCUGGUCCAUCACCCAGACCUCAGCCGGCUCACUACAUCCCCCGGACUGCGCCCAAGCCCACCUACAUCCCUCAGAUGCUGACCGAGAGGAGGCCGCAGACUCCCAUCCGAUCGGGCAUCCUGGACGAGGGCGCGGCGCGGCGUGGCACUCGCAAGUCCAUGUUCACCUUCCAGGAGAAGCCCAAAGUCUCGCCCAACCCAGACCUCCUGUCCCUGGUGCAGGGGGUGGACGAGAAGAAGAAGCAGAGGCCUCUGCCUGAGAAUGUCCACGAGGAGGAGCUCCUUGCCCUGGGGGCCGAGGCCUCCAACUUCCUGGCCAGCGAGGAGAGGGUGGUGGAGGACAUGGCCCCGGCGUGGUCCUCGUGCCUGAAGAGCUCCAGGACCGCUGCCAGGGUGGAGCACAAGCCAGAGCAAGCUCUGACCAACGUGUCUGGGAAGGGCGCCGAGCUGUUCGCCAAGAGGCAGUCCAGGGUAGAGAAAUAUGUCUUGGAAAACGCAAGGAGAGACGGACAGAUAAGAUCUCCCUCCCCGACCAUGUCUUUGCCCCCGUCCUGGGUGUUUCCUUCGAACAUGCCGGGUCGAGUUAAGGCCAUCGCCACCGCCUCCAAUGUCAGCACGCAGAUCUCAAAGACCCUCAAGGCACAACAGGCCACCCAGAAAAAUAACCUUCCAGCACGUGCUCCUGCUCCGGCCCCGGCUCCCGCCCCUCCGAGCCCCGUCCUGGAGAAUGGCUGCACCAAGAUGGAGAUGGAGCUGUCCAAGCAUCAGCCCUACCAGCUCAACUCCUCCCUCUUCAUCCUCAACCCCACCAAGGAUCCCCUGAGCUCUCUGCCCAGGGGCGCACCUCCACCCAAACCGGUGGUCAUGGGACAGUCCUACGCCAGGCAGACGUCGCUGCCGACGCACGUCCCAUCUCAGUUCAGCGCCCCGGUCAACUACAGACCAGCGUGCUUCUCACCACCUCUCCCCCUCAGUCCUAGAGAGGUCACGUUGCCCGUGAUGACCUUCGCCCCCGAGCGGGUCGCCUCUCCGCGUUCGGCCGUUGGGCAAGCGCCCAGACCCACGUUCUCUGCCAGGAAAGCAGGGAUUGAAGCACAGACUAAGAAAGAGACCCCAGCCAUGCCAACAGCGUCCAGGACCCCCACCUUAACCAGGAGGUUCAGCAGUCCAGAAGGCCCAGCCAAUUUAGUCUGGUCUCCCAGCCCCUCCACAACAAGCGCCCCCUCUCCAAGACCAGUCCACCGGGCCAUGACCACCUCCCCUGUGUCUCCUCUGUGGGAGACCAGGUGCCAAUCCCCCAUCAUCAGCCAGGACACUAAAGCCAACCACCGACUGCUGGCCAAGAACAUCAUCAACGCCGCCAAGCGCAAGAACAGCCCUUCUCCUGGCGCGCUGAGCGGCCACGGGCUGCCCAUAUCGCCCCCUGGUGGAGGCAGCGGCGGGGGCAUCUUGUCCUAUGAACACAAGCCCCUGAGCCCCUUCCAGCCACGCUCGCUGGGCAGCCAGUCGCCCACGUUCACCAGCCCGCCGCCUACGCCCACACGCAUGAUCCGCUCGCCCGUGCGCCUCUACAACACACGCUCCCUCACCGACUCCGACGCCUCUGUGGAGUCGGAAGAUUCCGGAAUGCGAUCACCAGGGGUGCGCACCUAUAACACCUGCCCACGUGGCUGGGGAGGCAGUCUAAGGAUCAAGAGGGGAAGUGUUCAUGCUGACCUGUAGAGGAUGGCGAAAAUGUCUUUUAAAAAGGAAAGAAAAUUAACCUACUCUUAUCUUCUGUUUUAGUUGGAACAAAUGGCUUUAUUUUGACCCCACAACAUUGAAUGUAAGGCUGAACAAUUUGGCAUUAAAAUAACAGUUGAAAUUAAAUAGUGCUCCGGCACAUUUCUGGCGACUGUGUGCAGUUAUGUAAGCAUUGAUUAUACAAUGUUAAUACGGAUAAGCCCAAUGGGGCUCUCUAAUUACCUUGCACCUGGCUGCAAUUUUCUUCAGUUCUGAAAUGGCUUUUAAAAGAGCUCGCAAAAAAUGGACGGAUCAAAUUAUACCAAAGAUGCCAUUUUGGCUCUUGGGACCAAAGAAAUCAUUUAUAUUCCUAUAUGCAGUAUCUCUUAAACAGUGUUACAUGUUGCCUUUUAUUUUAUUAUUUUUUCCUUUUGUCCACCUGCAUUUAUAAAUGUUCAAAUGUUCCACAUUCUUUUUUCUGUUUGCCUUUGGGUGUACGUUUGGAACGCUUGGAAAGAAUGUAGAUAUGCAGUGUAUUGACACACAACCCGUAGAAAGGUGAGAAAACGCAGUGAUCAGAAUGCAUUGGAACUGAAGGGAGUCAGGGCAGUGUAAAUAUGUCAGUUACCGCUCUAUUCUUAGUGGAGCAGAUUGAUGAUCAUGAAGAGGGACAUACUGUAAUUGAUCAUAAAUAAAAGCCUCAAGGAAAUCAAUUUCCCUCUGCAAACAACAUUUAUAUCCCAGGCAGAGGAGAGGAGAGGAGAGGAGAGGAGAGGGGCUCAGCUUGCUGCAGGGAAUACUAAUUUCAGUUGUAUUGCUGAGUGUUAAUUGUCCCCAUCUUAAAUAGAUAGGAAUAAGUACAUGCUGGUGCUUGUUAUAACUGCCAAGUGCAAUACACAGAUUAUAACACCAGAAUGCAGCGUAACAUUAAUUAAAUGCAGGUUUGUUUUACUGAAUGUGUAGUGUUUGAGAGAUGAGGAGGUAAAGGUGAAGGAAAAGUGGUAUGUAAAAGAUUGACAAGCGUAUGUAGUAACUGAAUGUUGUCUGACUGAUCACAAGCUGUACUUGAUUGUAAUAACAAUGUUUCACUGAGACAUGCUUAAAAUGUAACAUACUCAUUCUCACACAUAAAUGGUUUUAUUGCAAAGGGGGUGACCGAGAUAGAUCGCUUUUCUAUACCGUGGUUUCUAUAGCAGAGAUUUGGUAACACUUUAUAUGACAUAUACCUGAUACCUUGUAACCAUACCGUUAAAUGCAGUGUAACAGUGAUUAUUACUGUGUAACAGCACAUUGAUUUUCUGUAUUUACAUAACUCCAGCCCUAAUAAUACAAUAUGUAAGUGCAAAGUAUCAAUAUCUGGUUGCUCAUGUUUUACACUGUACUUAAUUUCAUAGUUACACUGUAGCAAGGCCUGUUUAGUAUAGAGAGUGACCAAAGAUUUUUUUGAGUGCUUGCAAUGCAUUACAGAUAUGACAGUGACAAAUGAGAGUGUGUUAAAAUGGUUUGAAAUGGUACUAGUUGUCAGAUUAUAAUAGACUAGAUGUUAUUGGAUAUAAUCCACACAGGUGCACAUGUUAGUUUUUUUUGUCAUUUUAAGAGAUUAACUUUUGCACUUCAUUACUCAAUUGUAUGGCACAGAUUACAUAUGACAGACCAGCUGUAUUCCACAAACAGGAGUCACAGAUCCUAUUUGAUUGCUUUGGCUCUGUAUACUCUCAAUGCCUAUUGAUUUUUUUUCAAAGUCAGUUGGCACCACAUGGUAAUCUUUGCAUCGGCGUACGUUUGCGUGGAUUGUAUUUCCUCCUUGGUGUAUUGUGUCUCGUUUAGGGUCUCACUGGCUUGUUGUGGGCAACGGGAUCAGAAAGCAAGUCUCAUCCGCAGUCGUGGCAGCCCAUUGGCACCUUAUGUCGGUGCCUCAGCAGAUUUCUGAGUAUUUACAUGUGUGCAUACUUUGAUUGACGGAGACACCAGCUGCAUAGUGACUUGGCACCUUUGACUAGAAUAGCCUUCUUAGUGCCUUGGCUGGUCAGCCUCCUCAUGACCCUAUGCAAUCCUUCAGGUGACCCUGUGUCAUGGAGAAAUUUGAUCGGGAUUGGGAAUUGCUUAUUCUUUUUAGUUUUUUAUUGAAUAGAGCUUACUGUCACAAUUGAGUAAUCAACUGUUCUCAUUAUAUAUCCUUACCCCUUUGGAUGCUGUUAUUUAAGUAAACACAAAAAUAAAAGCGUUGGCACUUGCA